GGCGGCCAUCGUUGCAUUGCCGGUCUUCGCAUCUAAAUCUUGCUGAGAGAGUUGUGGGCCGCGUCGCUUCUCAUUUCGUUCUUUUCUUUGUGUCGUUUCUCUCUCCUGUGGUCGUUCACUAGGCUCGUCAGUUGGUCGUCAUCAGUCCAGCCUUGAUUUAAUGUUACAGACAGGGGCAACAAGACGAGGGGCCAACAAUGUUCAGCCGAAACUGGAAAAGGAGUAUUGCCAUGACGAUGACCACUGAGCGGCCACGCGCUCAUGUAAACCGCAAUGGUUGGCAACUGACGCAGUCAGGUUGAACAAGCAAACAAGGAGGCCCCCGGCAGUUUCUUUCUGUUUAAUUAUCCACCUGAGGAGCAUGGCACAAUAAGCAUCGUUGUAUGUUAUGGGAGAAGGAGUAGGCAGCACAGUCGCGAUGCAGUCCCAUCAAUAUCCACGGCAGCACCUCAUUCCCGAAAGCAGUCGUCGUUCGGACGGCCAGCGCUUCCGAGAACGACUCGGCUUCGUCCUUCUCGUCGUGAUCGGAUUUUACUUCCUGGUCCGCAUCCUCGUCGAGUUCAAGCCCGUGCUGGAGCCCUUCCUUUGGGCCGUGGUUUUCGUGUCCGCCAUCGACCCCUUAGUGACGCUUGUAGAGGAGGGGAUCUUGAGCACCUUACUGUUUCUCUCCACGCUGCGCCAAAGGUGUUGCUCCUUCUUCUGCUUCCGCAUUUUUCCAAGAAAAAUCAACAAGAAAUUUGAUCUCGAAGCGGACGAUGUUGUAGAAACACCUCUGCAACGCAAGCGGGGCGGUAAGAGUAGUCGCGCGACAGUGUUUCAACACGAUAAAAAUGCCUAUCAAGAACACCAGCAACAGCAGUACUUUCAUCACCGGACGAGAGGACAGGAGCAGCCGAAUCUUGGCGGCUUUCAAGAAGUAAAUCAGUUUUCUGCAGCAGCCUCUUCCGCGUACACCGCACGACAUGCGGAAAACGAAAGAACCGCGGCUGUUGACAUUUCAAUGGAGAACUUCGCAGCUACGCGCGAGGAGGACGGCGCUGCCUCUGGGUCAUGUCGAUUUGAUGUUGAACCGAGGGACGAUAAAAAUAUCAAUAAAGCACCUCCUUCGACGUUCCUGGACCCCCUUGAUAGUUGCAGCAGCACGGCUUGCAGCACGAUGGCCACUGCUCCAGGUGAAGAUGGCGACUCAAGGACCGUAGGGGUCAGUGACGGGUUUGUGGAUGAGGUUUGCUUUCUGUCCUCGCCCCCAGUGUUGUCGCCAGUGUAUGGGGACGAGAAGCACAAUGAGGAUGGUCGUUCCGCAGCAGUUCUUGGGGUUUGUGGUAAUGGAACGCAGGAGCAUCGUCCCCAAAGCGUCGGAAUUUCAAUCAUGACAGCCGGAGUUGUAGCACCGGCGCCAUUUGCUCCACCCGGGAUGAGCCAAAGCACAUUCAUCGCGCAGCCUUCAUCAACUCAGGAACUUCCUUCGAGUUUUUUGUCUUGUUCUAGCGAGUGGAGCAGGCCAUCUGUUGUAGCUGCAGGUACUGCAUCGCAUGCUCGUCGCGGUGCCGGAAAAUUUACCACGAAGUCGUCAAGCAGGAUGAUGAAUAGUGCGACCAACCCUUGGAUGCGUUCUAUCGCGAAGUACGGCUCGAUUGUCAUCGUGCUUGGGUGCAUUCUCACCCUGAGUGUGCUGUUUUUCUUCUUUGUCCUCCAAUCAGCACGGCGGAUGAAAGACCAUUGGCAAGUGUACGAAGUCGGCGCGAAUAAUCUCCGAAGAGCGAUCACGGACUUGCAGCAGGCGGUUAGAUCGUUUUUUGUCAACAACGCGAACAAUUUCAUCGGAUCUACGGCAAGCUCCUUCGGCAAUACCGCGGCGCUGCUGCAAUUACAGGGUGGAUCUAGUACAACCAGAGGGACAGGAGCCACCGCAGUAGCCCAGCAAGAGCAAGCACAGGGGCAGGGCACCACGCCGUUCACCCGGAUGUUGUUCAGCAGCGGGCUUUUUACCUACAACUAUGACUCCGUGGCCCAUGAAUUACUCACUACGGUGCAGGACAUCGUGUACAGCUUGCUAGGUUCGUUACUGAACAACGUUUCAAGUUGGAUGUUCAGCUGCGGGAUGACCAUUCUGUAUGCGCUCUUCUGGCUCACGGGACGGAGGGCCGCGCAGGAGGAGGUAGGAGUGGAUGUGGAAGGGGGACAAGAGAAGCAUCUUCACGAUCUUCGACGGCGCGGUCAACUAGAUGAUCACAUGAUGGAUCAUCAGGCCGUCUACUACGAUGAUUCUGUUGCAGAUCGAGCAGAACAAGUACAAGACCAGCAGUUAUUUUAUCCCGAAGUAGCCUUCGCCGACCUGGAAGAGGAGGGGCAAUCACUGUUGGGUGAACAAUGCCAUGAUAGUGCGGGAUUCAACAACAAUUACGCUCAGACCGGUGUGCAUCCAAAAAGAACGUCGAGAAUAAUGCGGGUGGACAAUCAUAAUCAACAGCACGGCUUGAUUGCUCCACGUCCGCCCUCGCUGGUAAACACCGCGACCACACCUAUAUCGUGCAAAACUACAAGUACAAAACACAACUACCCUACUGCAGCAACACCAACCUCCGACCACCAACAGCACCAUCUUGUCCACCAGCUUCGCGGCACGUUUCGCCGCUACCUGCUUUUGAAAUCCAUCAGUUGUCUCGGUUUCGGCUGCGGUGUUGCGUUCUGGCUGAACACGCUAAACAUCGACCUCGCCGCGGUUUUCGGGGCGAUUACCUUUGUGAUGAAUUACGUCCCCGAGGUGGGUCCGUUUAUCUCCAUGGUGCUGCCGAUACCGGUGAUUCUGCUCGACAGCCGACUGGAGAGACCGUUUUUUACCUUGUUUCUGGCUUUGAUCGGGCAAAUCGCGCUCAAGUUCGCGUUUGCGAACAUCAUCGAGGUCAAGUUGAUCGAGAGCGACAAAAAACUGAAAAUGCACCCGGUGAUCCUGCUGCUCUCGGUCGCCGUGUGGGGCCACGUGUGGGGCCCGACGGGCAUGCUCCUGUCCGUGCCGCUGAUGGCGUUUUUGAAGAUCUCGGUGCUCUCCGAAGUUGUCCCUGCAAGUUACCGGGAUCCGGUCUUGGUUUUGCUAGAGGGCGACGCAAAUGCGCCGAGGAGGCACCUCCAGUUGGAGCAAAGGUGAAGAGGUGCUGCGAGCCGGGCGCUGUGACGAAAUAUUGAGCGGGAUCAUGCCGUUUUGCGAAUGGAAGAAGGUGGAAGUUGUACUGGAGGGGUGAGAUCAUUGUUGGUUCGGUUUUUCGCGAAGAUUUGGUCCUUGAUCUUCAUGCGGGGAUGAAAUGUAGGUAACAGGACCCACAUCUAGUUUUCGCGCACUUGGUGAAAUUGCAAUCGCCGCUCAGACGACUACAGGUGUGCUGUGGUACUGCUCGCGCUAGUAGUAAGUACUUCGGACAACUAGUAACAGUGCAACAUGAUGCUAGAUGCAUGUGACAACACGGCCUCAGAUUCAGUUGAUCAUCAUGCGUCGAAGUUGUAUCUCGUGAUAUACAUCGUCGUGCACAUGGCUGCCGGUGGUCCUGAGAGCAGAAAAAAAAUUGAACUCGAUCAUAAAUCCAAACCGUUGAUGAAAUGGUGAAGGCGCGCGAUGAUCCUUCCAGUCUCACGC